AUGGGUGCCAAUAUUCCUUUGGUGGGGUACCCCUGCAGGCAGUACCACAUCUGGAGAGAUUUUGUCUUUGUGCUCUCCAGGGGCCCCCGCACUGCGUCCAGGGCGGACUCCCUCAAAGGGGGCUUUCAGUCCCACACACUGGCCCGCUUGUCCGGGACAGGCCGGCCACUCCAGUUCACGGCCGACACCGAUGUCAUGCAGCCGCGAGAUAACGACACUGCCGGAGUUGGAGAGUCUUACAUACGCUUCCCCCAGGACCCGGACUGGGCAGCACUGUUGAGUCGUGGCUCCGGAUACCGACGGAAAUUAAAAACGCCGUCGUUUUGUUUCGCAGUGCUGAACGUGGAACAGAAGCUCCGCGACGCGUCGAAAACCAACGACGUCGAGACACUUCUCAGCCUGCUGAAAAAAGCCGUGGACGUCAAUGCCGCCGAUGUUGUGGGUAGGGUGGCUCUACACUGGGCGUCAGCCAAGGGGCAGGAGCCAGCAGUCCACAUCCUGGUAGAUCACGAUGCAGAUGUAAACACAGAGGACAAGUAUGGAAUGACCCCAGCUCUCUAUGCCACCUGGUUUGGACACCUCCAGAUCCUGAAAAUCCUGGUCAGCGCUGGAGCUGUUAUCCCACACACAAACAUGAGUGGCCAGGGGUUACUGCACUGUGCCGCAGCGCGUGGGCGGCUGGACAUCGUGGAGUACAUCCUGGAAGAGCUGGAGGACAACGGCCUGGACAGGCCAGAUGAGCAUGACAAGACCCCAUUCCUGCUGGCAGCUGAAAAUGGAAAACUGAACACUCUGCAGUGCCUUCGCCAGCGGGGCUGUAACAUCAAGGCGAUGGACAAGGAAGGCAACAGUGCCCUUCACCUGGCAGCAAGCUCGGGUCACCCCUCCGUAGUGCGUGAGCUCAUGAACGCCCUGGAUCUUGAGGUUACCAACCAGGAAGGGAAGACGGCUCUGCUCCUGGCUACAGAGACUGGCCAGACCAGCUGUGUGGAGGCCCUCCUGACCGCUGGCUGUGACGUCAACACGCUGAGCAAUACAGGCCACGGCGCUCUGCACUGCGCUGCGCAGAAGGGACAAGCAGGGAUUUGCAGGCUUCUGCUGGACAGCGGAGUGGACACCAGCACUUCAUCCACGACGCCUCUUCACCUGGCUGUGAUGAACAACUAUCCCGAUAUAGUGCAGAUGUUCACUGAGGCCGGCUGUGAUCUCAACACCAGAGACGAGAAUGGCCAGACUGCCCUGCACGUGGCAGCCGAGUUGAGGAGACUGGAGAUCACCGAGGUGCUUCUGAAAGCCAACGUGCUCCUGGACCUGAAGGAUAAGAAAGACCGGGACCCUCUGGAUCUGGCCAUCAGGGGCUACUAUGCCAAUGUAGUGGACACGAUCAUAAAGGCCGAGCGCUUCUACAAGUGGAGACGGGAGUCGGAGCCCGGCCCGAGCUCGGAGGUCCAGUUAGACUUCGCCCUGGACCACCUCCGGGAGCCCCGGCCGGUCCGCUCGGUGCUGUGGACGCUGGCCGAGAGCUACCUGCAGCCGGGAGAGUGGAAGAAGCUCGCCGACUACUGGCAGUUCCCAGUCAGGCACGUCAAAGCCAUCGAGAGUCAGUGGACUGGUAACCGGAGCUAUAAGGAGCAUGGCUUCCGAAUGUUCCUGAUCUGGCUCCAUGGAAUCACUGCGGAGGGGAAGCACCCGAUCAGAGAGCUGUACGAGGGGCUGGUGGGCAUAGGGAACAGGACGUUGGCAGAAAAGGUUCGCCGGAAGGCCAGCCAGGAAGAGAGGCCUGGCAGGAGGUGCCUGGUGAUGUGAGUGAGCUGUGCAGGAGGAGGAGACGCCCCCAUCAAACCACAGAGCAGAGUCUGAUUGAUCCAUGGAAGUGCAUCCUCGAGCGGUACAGAAGGACAGGAAUUUGAGAGCUUCCCAAGUUCCGGUUCUGGCCCUUGUCUGUGGAAUUUCAAGCCCCUUAAAUACCAUUACUUAAUUAAGUCUUAAAUUGUGCUAAUAAAUUGCUUAAUGUUU